AUGUCGCUUGACUCUGCAGUAGCUCAACUCCUAUCUUUGGACCCAGAGAAGACCACACUAUCUGGCGCAGGAGCAGGAUCAAGCUUCGCCUCAACAUCCAAGAUCACAACCAAACUCGACGAUGGCACAGAAAAACAAUUCUUCAUGAAAACGGGUUCAGGAAAAGAAGCCUCGGUCAUGUUCGAAGGCGAGCACGCAUCCCUUAGUGCAAUCUACAAUGCCGUUCCCAGCCUAUGUCCCCAAUCCUAUGGUCACGGCACAUUCACCUCUUCACCCUCCACCCACUUCCUCGUCACCGACUUUGUAGACUUGUCAAGUCGAUUUUCUUCCAAGGCGUCUUCAUCAGCACCUUCUCUAGCUGCAAAGCUAGCAAAACUGCACAGUACACCAGCACCCCCACCACCAGGAGAGUCAACGCCAAAGUUUGGAUUUCCGGUUACGACGUGUUGUGGUGAUACGCCUCAAGACAAUAGCUUUAAAAGCAGUUGGGCGGAGUUUUAUGCUGAGAAUAGACUCAUGUUUAUUCUUAAGCGUAGUGAGAAGACUAAUGGACCUGACAAGGAUUUGCGCUCGAUGGUCGAAACUACUUGCACAAAAGUAGUGCCACGCUUGAUAGGUGAUGAUCAUCUCAAUGGCGGUAAAGGUGUUACUCCUGUCGUCGUCCAUGGAGACCUUUGGUCAGGCAACGCCAGUCUCGGGAGACUACCCGGUAUGGAAGCUCCCGAGGAUAUCAUCUAUGACUCUAGUGCCUGCUAUGCGCAUAGCGAGUUCGAAAUUGGUAUAGAAAAAAUGUUCGGAGGGUUUGGAGGAAGCUUCUUCAAGGAGUAUCAUGAAAUUGUCCCCAAGACAGAGCCUGCGGAGGAAUACGCAGACAGGAUUUCUUUGUACGAGCUGUACCACCAUCUGAACCAUCACGCGAUAUUUGGUGGUGGCUACAAGAGUGGUGCUGUCAGCAUCAUGAGCAAGCUGAUUGGAAAGUAUGGCAAGGACUAG